AUGGCGGCGUCGUCCUCGUCAUCGCCGGCGCCACUGUGGGUUGCCCUUGGGCGCGUCACCCUCGUGCAGCACGACUCCAUCAAGGACCCUGCGGACGUCUCCCUCAAGCUAGCCCUGCCGCCGCGCGCCUCGACACUCACGGUACCCAUGAGCGUCCACCCGAAGCCCGACUACGACGACACCGACAGGCACCCAUACGUGGUCGCGGCCGCUGAGGCCGGUCUCCUCCUCCACGCCUCUUACUGGCCCUUCGUCGGCUUCGACCUAGAUCGUGACCCGCCGGGCAUCCUCCUCGUCGCGCGUGACUUCCUCCGCGGCGCCGGACCCGGGGAGGCCAUCGCCGCCUCCAUCGUUCGCGUCCCCGACCGGGACCGUCCAUACCAGGCCGGCAUCUCCACCAUAAAAAACACUGGCCUCGUCUCCCUGCCCGGCAGCGGUGGCGCCGACUACGUCGUCGCAGAGCUCUACAUUUCCGCCAGCGACGAGGAGGACGACGACGACCGCGCCACCCUCCUCUUCUUCCGCUCCAGUGCCGACUCGUGGGUCCAGAAGGAUCUGAGGUGCCCCUCCAUGUCCGUCCGGCGCUGGAUGUGGUCCUCCCACGACGUGGUCGCCCACGACGGCAAGCUCUGGUGGGUGAACCUCGUGUGGGGGCUCCUCGGCUGCGACCCCUUCGCUGACGAGCCCGUGCUGCACCACGUGGCGCUGCAGGAGACGUACCCGAUCGGCCACACGGCGGAGGUGUUGCAGGACAUCGAGAGGCGGCGCAUGGUGAGGGUGAGCCAGGGCAAGCUGCGGUUCGUGGAACUCGCCUGUCCGCGCGUCGGCCACAAGGAGGAGACGCUGGUGGUUGUCUGGACUCUGGUCUUCGGCCGGGGCACGUUCACGAGGUGGCAACACCACCGCGUCGCGAGCCUGGCGAGCAUCUGGGCGAGCGACAGCUACAGAGCCACAGGGCUGACGGUGCAGGUGCCUGCUCUCGCGCUCCUUCACCCCAGCAACCCGGACGUGGUCUACUUCUACCUGGAGCAGUACCUCUUCGGUGUCAACGUGGCCCAGAGCAUGGUUGUGGACUUCGUUCGCCGGCCGUGCAAACUGGUCGAGGUGGUCGCUGGUCACAGGCGCCCACCGCCGGUCAGCUGGCGGCACGUCCUCGCUUGGGAGCUGCCAUGCUCGCUUGCUGGUGGUAAGGCAUACCAAGCUUAA